UUUUUAGGUUAUGUUUAGAAGAGGGUUGCAUAUUUAUAAAAUGUUUGGAAAUAGCUUUUUUUAAAAUAGUAAAAAAAAGCUCACAAUAUCAAAUCAAAAAAUGGUUGUUUGAUUUUAAGUUUUCAUAUCAUUUUACCCCUAAAUACAAGAUGAGUAAGCAUAUGUACUCCACUGCCAAUUUAACUGAUAAAGAGUUAAAGGAGCAAGGAAAUCGCAUGUUCAGUUUGCGAAAGUACGACGAUGCUAUUAAUUGUUACACCAAAGCGAUUAUAAAAAACCCGGACGUUGCUCAAUAUUUCACAAAUCGCGCUCUAUGCCAUCUCAAACUGAUGCGAUGGGAGCAGGCGUGCACGGAUUGCAGAAGGGCGCUUGACAUGGACACAAGCUCGAUCAAAGGUCACUUUUUCUUAGGCGAAGCUCUGGUUGAAACAGAAAAUUACGAUGAAGCUAUCAAGCAUUUGCAAAGAGCCUCCGAUUUGGCGAGAGAACAGAAACUAAAUUUCGGGGAUGACAUAGCUUCAGCUCUACGUUUGGCGAGAAAGAAACGAUUUUCCGUACUUGAGGAGAAACGAAUAGCUCAGGAGAUCGAAUUACAAGCAUAUCUUAAUAAAUUAAUUAAAGAGGACAAAGAGAGACAAUUAAGUAAAUUAAUUGCCGACGAAAUUAAUCGGGAUAUUAUCGACGAAAAAGGAAGAGAAAUUGAAGACAAAUGUGAGGCCUAUACGAACGAAUUGAACUCCUUAUUUAUCAAAGUUGAUGACAGGAGGAGAAAAAGAGAUGUCCCUGAUUAUUUGUGUGGUAAAAUUAGUUUCGAAAUUUUACAAGAACCCGUCAUAACACCGAGCGGUAUAACAUACGAAAAGAAAGAUAUCGAAGAACACUUACAGCGUGUCGGUCACUUUGACCCCGUGACAAGAGUGAAAUUGACACAGGAUCAGUUGAUACCAAAUUUUGCAAUGAAAGAAGUUGUGGAUUCCUUCCUACAAGAAAAUGAGUGGGCUUUGGACUAUUAGAAAGCGAUUGUUUUAAACCACUGUUAUUAGUGCACCAAUUUGAGUUAUUGCAAGUUUUGUUUUGUGGUCGCUUGCAUUUAUAAGUUGGAUUUUGUGGACAUUGUUGAAGUCUGAUUAUCGCUUGUAUACACGCGAGUGUUUCAUAGGUUUAAUAUUUGUAUUGUUAUAAGAAUAUGAACUUUUUUCUUCCAUUAUUAAGUUGUAUCUUAUGAAUUAAAGUUAGUUGUUUAUUUCAUAA